UCCCCAAUCCGGCAAAUCCCACCCAUCCUCGUCUUCUUCCAGGCCCCGCUUCCGCCACCUCCUCCGUUCCCGCCGGCUCGCCGCCGCCGCCUCUCCCAGCCGCUUCCCCUCGCCGCCGCAGCCUCCUAUCCUCCCUAGUCCAUCACCGCGCCUCCUUCUCCACCUCCUCCUCCAGUUGCGGGGGCUUGCGGCCCGCCUCGUCAUCCCCGCGCGCAGCCACUCCCCCCUUCUCCGCCAUUCUAUGGCGACGAACAUGGUUCUCCUUCCUUGCCACGCCCUUCGGAUAACACCUUCCGGAGCAUCCGCAUUUGCGUCGUCGCCAUUAUCUGCUCGUCCAAGACCAAUAUUUGCUUCUUCCCUCGGCGGCCGCUGCUCCGCUUGUCGGACUCCGCCGCCCGCCGCCGCCGCCGCUUGCAGGGUUGCUGCUGCUUCUUGGGCCGGUGACCUCGGAAGAGCGGUGCCAUGGAAGGCCGCGGUCUCCAGCGCGCUUGCCGUCGCCUUGUCCUUCACUUGCUUUGUUGGUAUAGUUAAUGCAAAGACUGGGGUCAACAAACCCGAAUUGCUUCCCAAGGAAUUCACCACCGUCAUUGAUGUUGCUGGUUUUCUCUCCCCAGGUCAGGAAAACCGUCUGCGUCAAGAAAUAGAAGAUCUUGAGAAAGAUACAGGAUACAAGUUGAGAGUUCUUGCACAAAAUUAUCCUGAUACACCAGGGUUGGCUAUCAAAGAUUUUUGGCAAGUUGAUGACCAGACAAUCGUGUUUGUCGCCGAUCCCACCUUCGGAAACAUUAUAAAUUUCAAUGUUGGUGCAUUAGUUGAUUUAGACAUUCCUCGGAGCUUUUGGAGUCGUGUUUCAGGGAAGUACGGAAACAUGUUCUUCUGGAAAGAAAAGGGGGAGGAUGCAUCAAUUGAAGCUGCUGUGAUGGCCGUAUCACGCUGUCUGAGAGAGCCCACUGGGGCAAAUAACUGCUCUGAGGUUCUGUAGAUGUGAAGACAAGCAAGUGCAACAUAUGUAUAGAAGCGAAAAAAAAAGUCCAAGAGCUAUACUAAAUAGUACGAGGCCAAGGACCAUUCAGGUUUCUUUUUUCAGUUGUACACAUAAACUCAUCAUUUUGACUAAUUCUGAUUUUUUAGCAAGGAUGAAGUCUCUCUUGUUAAUAGAUGCGAACUACUUUGAGAUUUAGGGCCUGUUCACUUUGAUGCCAAAAAAAAAAACCUAUGUUGCUAAAAUUUUGGCAAGAUAAUUA